AGCAUUAUUGCCCCUGGGGACGUGAGUCACCAUCAUCAGCAUCAUCACCAUCGCCGCCAUCCGUAGCCAUUUCGGAUCAAGGGGAGUCCACCAUCUGCAGUCGUCAAUCCUGUGCGAAAGCAAUGCUGCCGACACAGCCCUUGCACCUGCAGCCAGCAAGCUGUCGCUUGCCGUUGCGCAAUGCUUCCGCUUGUGUUGCUUGUGCCCCUGGCACUGGUGAGCCUCGACCUCGUGGUGCCGUGGCCAUCGGCUUCGGGCGUCGGGCUGCCCGCGGUGCUGGUGCCCUCGAGCUUGGCUCCAGACGCGGUGAUGUCGAGGCGUUUGUCUUAUUACCACCCUGGCUACAACAGCUACGACGACCACAACGCCCCCUACAAGUCGGUCGACCCAUAUGCAUAUGACGAGGGUAGGGCGUUUGAGGUUUUCUACUACCUGUAUAUCUACGGGAUGAUGUUAUUCAUGAUUUGGGUGCCGCUUAUGGUCGCCAGUUUGACUGUACCGUGGGUCUUCGCUUGCCGGUACAAGAUGAACGUGACCGACAAUAGGCCGCCCCUCCAGGACGGGCUGGCUCCGUGCGCGCAGACGGACGACUUCGAGACACGCCAGUUCUUCGGCUGCCUCGAGCACAUGUCCACCUGUCUGCAUGCGCUGUGCUGCCCAGUGUGCCGCGCCGCGGACACCUACAAAGGAGCUGGCAUCGAAGAGUACUGGGGCGUGGUCUUGUACUUCAUAUUGGCCAUCGUAGUCGGCGACAUCGUUGGCAUUAUUGUCGAAGUCCUGAUUGUCAUGUCUAUAUUCGCAGGUUACCCCCAAAACUACUCCCUAGACACGUGCAUGAAACUCCAGCAGCUAGCCAUUUUGGUCGGUUACACAGUCUCGAUACUCAUUGUGGGUCUCUUCCUCCAGAAGUAUCGCCGCACGCUGCGGGCGAAGCUCUGCGGGCGCGAGGAUGUGGGGCCGAACAUCUUCGUCGACGUCCUCCUGUUCGGGUUCUGCACCAGCUGCGUCAUCGCACAGGAGGCGCGGGAGCUCGACAAAGCUAUGGGCGUCACCGUCGAGUGUUGCUGCCUGCUGAGUACAGGCCAGCCCCUCCAGGACGCCCAGCCCUUGGUCGGCCAGCCAGUGCAAGGUCAGGUGAUGUAGGAUGGCCACGAUGGGGUGAAAUGGAGGUAGAGAGGACUCGACUGAAUCUGAUUCUGCCGGCGCGUGCGACUAGCCCGGCGUCUCUAUAAAUAGCCCCUUCGGUGCUUGCGGCCGUUGCGGUUGUGCGUGCCGACCCGGGAGCGGCCUUGCGCUUCAACGAGUGCCAAAGGUGCCGCAAGUUUUGUUCAGUGCCAUUCCCAGCCUGCCAGCGUCGAUCCCAAGCAGUGUGUUUCUGCUCUGUGGUGCAUGCUGUGUGGUGUUGGCCUGCGGGUGCCCGUGAGGCGCCAACGGGCCACAGCCGCCAGGGGGGGGGGGAGAUGUCUGGGUCACGGGAGUUUUACGACGUUGCUUUUGGCUUCUCCUCGAGCUGACCGACGGCGCCGCGGACAGUCAGCAAGCUGACAGGCCGCAGUCAGAGUGCAGCGAGCUCGGGGGGGAUUCAGCGUGGCUUGUGAUGUUUUGGUGGACUGUGCGGUGGGACAGAUUCAUCAUCAUCAGCAUC